AUGACGAAAAAACGUACGCGAGAUAACAAGUCUAUGAUGAGCGAAUUCAAAGGAGGAGACCUCAAUAAGUACACUGCAAAGACCUAUGCUAUUCAGAAUGGCAAUGAGGUUUUCGGAGGUGACUGGCACAUCGAGGAGGACCCAAACGUGGACUACGAGAUGCUGCUCAGAGGAUUACGAGCCUGUGCUGAACGUGCCUCGAAGUCGCUCACGACAAACUUGGAUCGAAUGUCGAAGACCACCAAUGACUUGUUGGAAAGAAGAAGGGCUUUGAGGCUUGAUCCGAAUGCAUCGCACAUUGAGCGGUUAGUAGCAAACACUAGUUGCAGAAGAGCGUUGCAAGAGAAUCUUUCGAAAUACACGCAGAAGAAAAUACUGGAAGGAGCACAAAGAAGAACGAGUCUAAAGAAGUGCUGCAGGGAUCUCCGCGAAUAUAAUAUUCCGCUAGCAACCUUGCUGAGCGAAGACGGGACUCGCACGUCUUCUCGUCGCGAAAUGGAAAUCAUUACGGAGAGGUUCUACUGGAACCUUUUCCGUUCAUCAACUCCUGUGUCAAGCCCGAUCAUCUCCACUGAAAAAGCUCCACCACGGAUUUCCCUUCGGAAGUACGAGUCGCUAUCAAGAGCAUGA